AUGAUCUUACAGUUACUUUCAUAUAUUGGAAUUGUUGUAGGCUUUUUGUUUUUGGUCCUAGCCAUUGCUUCAGGUCUUUAUUAUAUCUCCGAAUUGGUGGAAGAACAUUCUGAACCCACCAAAAGAUUUCUCAAAAGAUUAAUCUAUGGUAUUAUUGCAAUUUUUAUCUUAUUAUACUUAUUUGAUUCAUUCCCAUUUAAGUUGACGGUAUUUUCAAUUAUUUCGUACUAUGUUUACUUACAGAAUUUACAUAAAUUCCCUUAUGUUCAAUUAACUUCUCCAAUAUUUCUUGCAUCUUGUGUUUUGGUUAUAGCGAAUCACUUUUUAUGGUUUAACCAUUUCCACAACCCAUAUAUUCCACCAUUGGAAGUUCGUUUACAGCCAAAUUAUAAACCACCAAACAUUCCUAGUUUUAUUGAAGUCUGCUCAUUUUUUGGUUUAUGUGUUUGGUUUAUCCCAUUCGCUUUGUUUGUCAGUUUAAGUGCACAUGAUAAUCUUUUACCACAUCAUAUGGAGAAUAAUAUUGACAAUAAAGAUAAAAAGAAGAAUAAUGGGCUAGCUAAGGUUGUUGUGGCAAGUAUCAGAGAUUAUCUAUAUGCUUUUAGCAGAAAAUUGGGUUAUGAAUUAGACCCACAUCAUGGAACUAUUGUUUAA